GCAGCCAGAGGAACCAGAGGAGCAGAGAAGCUGAGACCAGCUUGGAAACCUCCAGCUCUCACGCCCAAGCUCCUCGUUCCCCGCAGACAUGAAGGUCUCCGCAGCGCUUCUGUGCCUGCUGCUCACAGCUGCUGCCUUCAGCCUCCAGGUGCUCGCCCAGCCAGAUGCAAUUAAUUCUCCAGUCACCUGCUGCUAUACACUCACCAAUAAGAAGAUCUCGAUGCAGAGGCUGGUGAGCUAUAAAAGAGUCACCAGCAGCAAGUGUCCCAAAGAAGCUGUGAUCUUCAAGACCAUCCUAAACAAGGAGAUCUGCGCUGACCCAAACCAGAAGUGGGUCAAGGAUUCCAUGGCACACCUGGACAAGAAGACCCAAACUGCAAAGCCUUGACUACUCACUCUGAAACCGAAGAAUCUAAAAUUAAUUUAUUUUCUUCUAGUUUUCCCUAAAUGCCCUCCUGAUGUUAUUUUAUUAUAAUAUCAAAGACUACAAACUUUGUUUAUUGAUACUCACAUGAAGCCUGAAGUACUGUUAAUCUUAUUUAAGUUAUUGAUGUUUUAAAUUUAUCUUCCCUGGAUACUAGGGUUUUUGUUUUUUGUUUUUUGUUUUUUGUUUUUUUUCAUAUGGAGACCAGACAAAUUGCUUUUCUCUGGGAGGGGGGGAAGUUCCACCCCUGGGAUGGUGUGAGUGUCCUUGCAAGGACCAUUAAUGCAAAGACUAUGUUUUAAAUUCUAAAGAAUUGCUAAAAAUGCUAUUGUGGAGAUGUAUAUUAUAUAACUAUUGAUCAAUAUAUAAAUAUAUAUUUUUGUACAAAA